UUCACUUCCGUAAAGUUUAGUAGGUGCAACAGAGUAACUGUAGCGUACUGCACGCUACUUAGUUGAGUUUGUUUUAGAUUUUGUUUCGACUCUCUUCAGUUUUUUUUUUUUUUUUUUUUAAAUGAGCGAAAUUAAACCAAAGGAAAAAACAGCAACCAAAGACAAUGAAGAGGAAAAAGACUGGGAAGCAGCUAAAGCUUUCUUUGACAAUCUAAAGACAAAAGUCCCAAGGCCGCCCAAACCCCAGUAUGCGGUAACUAUCGCCGUCUCCUCUCGCACCCUCUUCAACAUGGUGGCGGAGAGGAAAAUCUUCGAGGAUGAAGGAGUGGAGAAGUACGUCGCUUUUCAGGUGGAACAUGAAAACGAUCCGUUAACGACGGGACCUGCUUUCCCUUUUGUAAAGGCUCUCAUGAAUGUCAACACUCGACUUAGGAACCUUUACCCAGACAGCGAGGAACUGUUUGACAUCGUCUUGAUGACUAACAACCACGCUCAAGUCGGCGUGCGCCUCAUUAACAGCAUUAAUCACUACGGGUUGACCAUAGAGAGAUUCUGUAUGACUGGAGGGAAAAGUCCUAUAGGUUACCUGAAGGCCUACAUGACAAACCUUUAUCUCUCAACAACUCCAGAGAAAGUUACAGAAGCAAUAGAGGCAGGGAUUGCUGCAGCCACCAUGUUUACGCCAAAACAGGAGAGCGAUCUGAGCGACACUCAGCUGAGAGUGGCGUUUGAUGGUGACGCCGUCCUCUUCUCAGACGAGUCAGAAAUCAUUGUGAAGAAGCACGGCCUCGACACUUUCUUUGAGCAUGAGAAACAGUUUGAGAAUAAACCUUUGGCUCAGGGUCCAUUAAAGUGUUUCCUGGAGGCCCUCGGUAAGCUUCAGAGAAAAUUUUAUGCCAAGAACGAGCGUCUGAAUUGCCCGAUCAGAACCUUCCUGGUCACGGCCCGCAGCGCAGCCAGCUCCGGCGCACGUGUCCUGAAGACCCUCCGCAGCUGGGGCCUGGAGAUCGAUGAGGCCCUCUUUCUGGCCGGAGCUCCCAAAGGCCCUCUGUUGCAGAAAAUCAGACCUCACAUCUUCUUCGACGACCAGAUGUUCCACAUUGAGGGGGCCAAUGAGCUGGGAACCAUAUCUGCACAUGUACCUUAUGGAAUUGGACAGAAGUACAACAAGGGGAAGCUCAUCGAAGAGCCCAAAAAAAAGGAGUAAUUUGCAAGUGACAUAUGCACGACUACACCAACUUAUCUGCAUAGGAAAAGAUUUGCUCCAAAUCAAUCAUGUUUUAAAGAGGCAGUAUUAUGUAUUUUGCAGGCACAUAGGGGCAUUUUAUAGCACCAUCAAGUAGCUAUGUCACCUUCGGUUGUUAUAAAAAUGCUUUAUAUGUAAAAUAUCACAAUAUAAUGCUUUGAAAUUGGGGCUUUGUCUCUUUAAGAAAGUCCUUGUUCUUUCUGAGACUCCACCUUCAGCACGUCGUCACAACAGCGUUUCUCCAUUAACACUCGGAACAAUGUUUUUACCAGCGUUACACUGAGAAGUAGCUCAGUGUAACGCAUCUGCAUGAUGAACUCCGCAGAUGUGCAGCUCUACUAGGUGUUUUCUAAUUGCUGCUGCCGCUCGUCUGGAGGAGCUGAGUGGAAAAGAUGUAGCUUAGUGAGAGCGAGCGUUUUGCAAACUCAAAUGGCUGCCAGCGGAGAUUAAAGGAUUUCUCAAACAUGCAUGAAAGAAUCAAAGCUACACUCCAGUUAUGUUUCUGAUGAGGGAAUAAUAUUAUAACAUGAAGUAAAGCUCAAAAAAGUCAAUUUUUACACAAUACUGCCACUUUAAAAAUGCUCCACUAAAGAAAACGUUAGAAUUUAGUUUAUUAAAGGAUUUUGAAAUAUGUAUG